AUGGUCGCCGUUGGCCAGAUACUGAAUGAGGUCUCUCACAUUGUGAUUCGCGCUGCCGCCGCCGAAGAUCCAUCGUCGACAGCCUCUCAAUCUGCUGCUGAGACGACAACCGAUAACAGCAAUGACAAGAAAGACAACGGCGGCGGGUCGAACUCGCCACUGCUUUUCUUUGUCGCUUUAGGUUUUGGUGUCGUCUUUACAAACUUAUGGAUUAUCGUUGGUGUUAAAUACUGCUUCCGAUACAAUGCUCGAAAUCGGCAAAUGCGAAUGAACGAGGACGGCGAGCCCAUGCCUCUCGAAAACAUGCCUCGACCUCAUCGCAGACGUCGUGAGAAGAAGCUGAUGACCAUGGACGAGGUCAACGACAAGUUCCCGAUGAUGAAGUACAAGGCUUGGGUUUCCGAUCGUGCAAAGGAGGGUCUUCCUACCAACGGCGGCGUUUCUGCACCACCCACUCGGCCUAACAGUAUUCGGGAGGCGGAUGGAAUCGUGCCAGACUUUUCUGCAAAGGUUCGUGAUUCGACUGAUGGACCACUGGCCGACAACGUACCCAAAUCGAAUACACAGCCAGAGACGACAAGUACCAGCAAUACCACCGAGACAAAAGCACCCGAGAUUUCCAUCGCGGCCGCAGCUGCCGAGGCCGAAAAGUCCAAGGAGGCACCCAAGACGACAACCGAUGGUCAAACUUCAAACGAGCAGUCCGCAAACAACCCUCGACUUCAUCGAGUCUCUAGCGAGGAAACUGAUGACGACGAUGAUCACAUUGACGGCGCCCUACCUCCCGAAUGUCUCGAAAACCCCGGUGAUACAUGUGCUAUCUGCAUUGAUACACUUGAGGAUGAUGAUGAUGUUCGCGGAUUGACUUGUGGACAUGCUUUCCACGCUGUUUGUGUCGAUCCCUGGCUGACCAGCCGACGAGCUUGCUGCCCACUCUGCAAGGCCGAUUAUUAUGUUCCCAAGCCUCGCCCAGCUCCUGAUGCCACCAACGAAGCCGGCGCGAACAACGGUUCCAGUUUUGAUCCUCGAAACAACCCAGUCUUUGGCAUGCCCGCUGCUCUUCGCUCUGCAUGGAUUAGAGGCUCUCGCAACGACAGGAAUGAAACACCGGCUCCCGCUAGUCGCCGACGCAGGACAGGCGAUGUUCCGGCUGGGCAGGAACCUGCUCAACAGACUGAACAGACUCAGCAAACAGCAGAAGUCACUCAAACAUCAAACGGUGGUGUUCUCUCCUCCAUGCGAGGCGCCCUACGAUUUGGUCGAAGACGACAACAACAAGAGAAUCCUGAUGCGGUAACACCAUCACAACUUGAAGCGGCAAACCGUACACCAGCCGCCACAUAA